GGGAAGAGUGGUGGACGUUGACAUCGAAGACACAACAGGGGGAAAGGUUUCCUUCGCAGCGCUAAGGGACACAGUCGGCUGGCGCCCCAUAUAUACAAGUGGAAGGGGAAAGUGACUGAAUGGAAGAGUGAGUGUAACUUGAUACAGGUAGCGUUUCUGGCGCAGCCACUUUUUCUUUGAACUUCUCUGCGGUGCAAGCCGCCGGCGUACGGAAUCGAUGGCCAAAAUGCCCGCGCCCUCUUGGAAGCCGCGAUUAGGACGCUGCCAUGUAUUGCCUGUGAACGUACGGACUCGGCCAUCUUACGGAAUCAGUUUCCAAGAUGACGGCAUCUGCGUGGAAGUCGCGCACAGGCGCGGCCAUAUUUCCUGUAACGUUGAGUCCGUACAAGCGGUCACCGUACGGACUCAGCCGACAAGGUGGCGGUGCCCUCGGGAAAGCAGCCAUAUAGGUGCGGCCAUGUUUCCUGCAAACUUAUGGACUCGGCCCCCGUACGGUCUCAGCAGUCAAGAUGGUGGCGCCUAAGAGACCGUAGAGGCUCUAGGCGGCGGAUAUACUUGUUUGCUGCGGAGCCGACGCAGUAGGCCUGCGCAAUAAGAGUACGGUGCCCGGGAGGCGCAACCAAAGCGGAAGUAGUUGUGGGCGCCUUUACAACGGCCGGGGACGCCUCCGAGAGGUCUGUGCGGAUUCGCGGGUCGCUGGCGGGGGUCGCGGAGGGGUGCGCCGAGAGCGGAGAGAUGGAGGGUGAUGGUUCAGACCCAGAGCCUCCAGAUGCUGGGGAGGACAGCAAGUCGGAGAAUGGGGAGAAUGCGCCCAUCUACUGCAUCUGCCGUAAACCAGACAUCAACUGCUUCAUGAUCGGGUGUGACAACUGCAAUGAGUGGUUCCAUGGGGACUGCAUCCGGAUCACUGAGAAGAUGGCCAAGGCCAUCCGGGAGUGGUACUGUCGGGAGUGCCGAGAGAAAGACCCUAAGCUGGAAAUCCGUUAUCGGCACAAGAAGUCACGGGAGCGGGACAGCAAUGAGCGAGACGGCAGUGAGCCCCGGGAUGAGGGUGGAGGGCGCAAGAGGCCUGCCCCAGAUCCAGACCUGCAGCGUCGGGCGGGGUCAGGGACAGGGGUUGGGGCGAUGCUUGCUCGGGGCUCUGCUUCGCCCCACAAAUCCUCUCCACAGCCCUUGGUGGCCACACCCAGCCAGCAUCACCAGCAGCAGCAGCAGAUCAAACGGUCAGCCCGCAUGUGCGGCGAGUGCGAGGCCUGCCGGCGCACUGAGGACUGUGGCCACUGCGACUUCUGUCGGGACAUGAAGAAGUUUGGGGGCCCCAACAAGAUCCGGCAGAAGUGCCGGCUGCGUCAGUGCCAGCUGCGGGCCCGGGAAUCGUACAAGUACUUCCCUUCCUCGCUCUCGCCAGUGACGCCCUCAGAGUCCCUGCCACGGCCUCGCAGGCCACUGCCCACCCAGCAGCAGCCACAGCCAUCACAGAAGCUGGGGCGCAUCCGUGAGGACGAAGGGGCAGUGGCAUCAUCAGCAGUCAAGGAGCCACCUGAGGCUAUGGCCACACCUGAGCCACUCUCGGAUGAGGACCUGCCACUGGACCCUGACCUGUACCAGGACUUCUGUGCGGGGGCCUUUGAUGACCAUGGCCUGCCCUGGAUGAGUGACACAGAGGAGUCUCCGUUCCUGGACCCUGCGCUGCGGAAGAGGGCAGUGAAAGUGAAACAUGUAAAGCGUCGGGAGAAGAAAUCUGAGAAGAAGAAAGAAGAGAGAUACAAGCGGCAUCGGCAGAAACAGAAGCACAAGGACAAAUGGAAACACCCAGAGCGCGCCGACGCCAAGGACCCUGCAUCACUACCGCAGUGCCUGGGACCUGGCUGUGUGCGCCCUGCCCAGCCCGGCUCCAAGUAUUGCUCAGAUGACUGUGGCAUGAAGCUGGCAGCCAACCGCAUCUAUGAGAUCCUCCCCCAGCGCAUCCAGCAGUGGCAGCAGAGUCCCUGCAUUGCUGAGGAGCAUGGGAAGAAGCUGCUCGAACGUAUUCGCCGUGAGCAGCAGAGCGCCCGCACCCGCCUUCAGGAAAUGGAGCGCCGAUUCCAUGAGCUUGAGGCCAUUAUUCUUCGUGCCAAGCAGCAGGCUGUCCGUGAGGAUGAGGAGAGCAAUGAGGGUGACAGUGAUGACACGGACCUGCAGAUCUUCUGCGUCUCCUGCGGGCACCCUAUCAACCCACGUGUUGCCUUGCGCCACAUGGAGCGCUGCUAUGCCAAGUAUGAGAGCCAGACGUCCUUUGGGUCCAUGUACCCCACACGCAUUGAGGGAGCUACACGACUCUUCUGUGAUGUCUACAAUCCUCAGAGCAAGACCUAUUGUAAGCGGCUCCAGGUGCUGUGCCCUGAGCACUCACGGGACCCCAAAGUGCCAGCAGAUGAAGUAUGUGGGUGCCCUCUUGUACGUGAUGUCUUUGAGCUCACAGGUGACUUCUGUCGCCUGCCCAAACGCCAGUGUAACCGCCAUUACUGCUGGGAGAAGUUGCGGCGUGCUGAAGUGGACCUGGAGCGUGUGCGCGUGUGGUACAAGCUGGAUGAGCUGUUUGAGCAGGAGCGCAAUGUACGCACAGCCAUGACUAAUCGGGCAGGAUUACUGGCCCUGAUGCUGCACCAAACGAUCCAACAUGACCCACUCACUACCGACCUGCGCUCCAGUGCUGACCGCUGAGUCUCACACCGGCCCAGAAGUCCUCACACCCUGCAUUCCAGGCUGGGGAGCUGCCGUGAAUCCCCCAUUUGUUUGUUCUGCCAUUCAUCUGUUUCUCCAAUGGUCCCUGAGUUUCUCCCUGUGCCCAUCCACCAGUUGACUACCCAGCUGCCAUUACCAGAGGGUCUCAGAAUUUUCUCCUGUCCUUGUGUGUCCCUCUGUCUCUCCAUUCUCUGUGCCUGGGUGGGACUGUGGAGUUUGCUCACUCUUGCCCCCCCCCCCGGUUUUGUUAAUAAAAUUUUGAAGAAUUAAGA